AUGUCUAUAUUAUACAUUCCAAAUUCAAUGUCCUUAUAUAAGACAGGUGUAUCAAUAUCCGUCUCUCCCCCACAAUAUGUAUGCGUGGUUCCGAUCGUAGCAACGCCAACAGUUUUUAGUGCACCUUUACAAAUGAACCUUUCGACUGUUAUUUUUUCGAGUAAAAACCAAAGAACCACUAUUAUUGUAUGA